AUGGCUUCUAUGGCUUAUGAUGCCCCCGUUGGAAUGGGUGUGCAGACAAUGUCCGAUCUGCCCUUCAAGCAGCAGAUGAAAAUCCAGUUCACCGACAUGGGUAAGCGAGCAUGGAGCAGUGCCAAGAACUUCGGUUUCAUUGGAGGUGUCUUCUCUGGAACCGAGUGUUGUAUCGAGUCUCUGCGAGCCAAAAACGAUAUUUGGAAUGGUGUGGCUGCCGGAUGUCUAACUGGUGGAGGCCUGGCCGUCAAGGCUGGCCCCCAGGCCGCUCUUGUUGGCUGUGCCGGUUUCGCCGCCUUUUCUGCAGCCAUCGAUGUCUACAUGAGAUCCGAUAACAAGGCUCCUCCUUCCACUGAUGAAGAUCUUUAA